AUGGAAAAAGGACAACAAAGAAGUGGACGCCCGCAGAGGACCAAAAUCCUCAAGGCGCCUCCUCGAGUCCCACACCCAACCCCCCGGGACCCCGAUAUUCGCAGCCCCGAGUCACACUCUCUCCUCCCCCCCCGCAACCCCGCGUCCGAAGCUGAUUCGGCCUCUCCCAACCCGCCUCAUUGGGCGCCAGCACAUUCCGACUCGCUGCGGUGGCCUCACGCCGGUGAGCAGCUACCGCGCCGCCACAUCUCCCAAGCCGGCAUGAUGAACAGCACCGGGCAUCUGCCGGCUGGGCAGCCAAUGCAGGGUAAUGCCGAUAUGGGAAUCCCCAGGAUGAAUGGAGGCCCCGGUGGCCAGGGCCAUCUCGGUCAGGGCCACGGUCCCCGUCGCGGACGGCCUCACCACAACCACUACAAUCCUGGUGCUCACCACCACCACCACCAUGGGCAGUAUCACCAGCCUCAUGUCGCGCACCAACCCAUGUAUGCCGCCAACUACAUGCCACAGCCUUACGGUGUUCCCCCUGGCUACUAUGCCCCCCCUGCCUACCAGAACGCCGCCACCAUGAACCCCUACGGUAUGCCGCAAUACGCACCGCCAGCCGCCACCUACGCUCGAUCGCCCCCGGCCAUGCAGCACUACAUGCCCAUGGUAGCUCAGAAUCCCUACGCUCGACCGGCUCCUCCCCAGUCUCCCAUCGUCUCGACCCCGUACCAGGCUCCCCCCAUGCCUCCGCCAGCGCUCGUACCGGUUCCUGCUCCCCACACUCCCUCGUCGACACACUCUCACGUCGUCCCGACUCCUAUGACUCCGCCGGCUCAGCAGAUGCCACCGAUCGUCCCUCCCCAGGCACAGAUUCAGUCGCAGCCUCAAGUUCAGGUUCAGCCUGAGCCCGAGCCCGAGAUUCAGCAAAAGGUGGUGGUGGAGGAGCCGGUGGCUGAGGAGGCCAAACAGCCCGCGCAGGCUGAGGCCGUAUACUCGCACUUCGCUUCGCCGCAAAAGUCUGACAAACCGCCGUUCUCUCUCCCUUGGUUUUCGCAUCCUGAUACUCCGUUCCCGGCUCGUACAAAGCUUAGGAGACGCCGGCAAGCUCCUUCUGCUGCCUCGGAAAGUGUCAGCCUUCCUACUGCUCCUGGCCAACAACAUGAAGCUGCUCCAGUAGAAAGUGCUCCCACGGAAAAUGUCCAGGAAGAUGCGGCUGUCUCUACGCCCAAGGGCACGCCUAAGCUUGAGAUUCUUCCUCCCCGGUCUGAAACUCCUUCGACUCAAGAGCUUCCUUCUGUGGACACCCCGUCGACUUCGCCGACUGGCUCCAUCCCAUCUCAGCAGCUCCAGGUUUCCGAGUCCAUCACGGCCUCUCCGGCUCAGCCCGCGAAGCAAGCUACUCGUGUCCCCGUUCCCGCUGUCCCUGCCGUCCCUGUGGUGCCUGUUUUGCCGAAGCCUGCUCCCAAGGACAAGCCCGCUACUAGCGAGGAGAAGCCGUCUACUGAGACCAAGCCUGCUGGUUCUACCCCUGCUGCUGAGGAAACUUCCGAAACUACUGCCAAGGAUUCAACUGCUUCGGCGCCCGAGUCUUCGGCUCCGGCUGCGCAAGCUGCUCCCGCGCCCGCACCUGUUAAGCCUAAGUCUUGGGCCAACUUGUUCACCAAGCCUGCCGCUCCUGUCAACGCCGCUGCCGUUGCUGUCGCUGCUGCCUCUGCUUCCCAGACCACUGUCAACGGCAACACCGUCGCGGAUGCUUCAGGAGCCGCUACUGGGGUUGCCACUGGCUUUGCUCAGUCUAAGGCGACCUCCAUGGCCGAGGCCAUUCAGUCCUACCGGGUCGGGACCGCUGAGAAGAUUGUUUUCUUGGAGCCCCGCGGCCUUGUUAACACUGGUAACAUGUGCUAUAUGAACUCUAUUCUUCAAGUUUUGGUUAACUGCAUUCCUUUCUAUGACUUCUUGGAUCAAGUCAGCAAGAAGGCUGUCCACAGCUUCAACAGCGAGACUCCUCUCCUCGAUGCCAUGAUCAUGUUCAUGCGCGAGUUCAAGGUAAUCGAUUCUGCUGUAUCUAUUGACCAGCUCAAGAGGCGCCUCAAGAGCGAGGAACUCGAGCAGUACGGUGAAGCCUUCACUCCCGAGUUUGUCUAUGACGCUAUCAGAAAGCUCCCUCGUUUCGCAAGCAUGCGCCGUGGUCAUCAACAAGAUGCCGAGGAGUUCCUCGGUUUCCUCCUUGAAGGUCUCCACGAUGAGUGCACUCAUGUCAUGAGUACUCUCCCGGUUUCGACUACUUCAACUGCGCCCAACUCGUCCUUGCCCUCGCCUACGGCGUCCAACACUGGUGAUGACUGGCUUGAGGUUGGACCCCGUCAAAAGGCUGCAAUUACUCGUACUUCUGGUUAUUCCUCUUCGAUCUCUCCCAUUACUAGGAUCUUCGGUGGUCAACUCCGCUCUGAACUCCGCAUUCCUGGCCUCAAAAGCUCCGUUACCCUAGAGCCCUAUCAGCCCCUUCAGCUCGAUAUUGGUGCUCCCGAGGUUCGUAACAUUGUUGAUGCUUUGAGGGGUCUUACUCGCCCAGAGACGAUUCACGGAGAUUUCAAUUCGCCCCAUGGCAAGGACGCAAAGGCUACCAAGCAGGUGUUUAUCGAGUCUCUGCCUCCCGUCCUCAUUUUGCACCUAAAACGCUUCCAGUUCGAUGCUGAAGGCCAUGGUACCAUCAAGAUUUGGAAGAAGGUCGGAUAUCCCUUGGAGCUCGAAAUCCCCCGCGAGGUUGUCUCUCGGCAGAAGCGCAACACUACUCAUGCUGAGAAUGCCGAUCUUCUCAAGUAUCGUCUCAUCACGGUUGUCUAUCAUCACGGAAAGAAUGCCAGCGGCGGACAUUAUACAGUUGAUGUUCGUCGCCAGGACGGCCGUGAAUGGGUUCGCAUUGAUGAUACUGUCAUUCGCCGUGUGCGCCCUGAGGACGUCGCUGAGGCUGGCGCAGAGGAGAAGCCCUCCAAGGGCGCCGUUGGUGACCGCAGGGAGAACGGCAGCUCGGCAGCAGCUAGCAACCGGUUCGGCGCCAUGAACGAUGAUGAUACUGGUGAUGACGAGGGCUGGAAGCAGGCUACUGCGAGCGGCAAGAAGUGGAGCAGCGUCGUCAACGGGGCCGGUCUUGCUGCUCCUAGCGGCAGUGGCAGCUUGAAGGCUGCCGCCAAGCAACAUAAUGAUAGCUUCAAGGACAACAAGGUCGCUUACCUGUUGUUCUACCAGCGUAUCUGAGGGGUUUUACGGAAUAGAGUUUGUGGAGGGGUUGCGUAGCCAUAUUUGAAUCGGCUCAGCGAUCUCUCCAACCAUGUGGCGCUUUGGGAGAUACCAACAUCUCGGCGUACAAAAGCAAAUGGGAACGGACGCGUUAUGAAGAUGACGAUGUUCAAGAAACGUUACAACUACAGCGAAAACUAAGAGAGAAGAGCGACGGUGGCACGACAGGCCACAUUUGAGUCGGCGUAUGGGCGCCGAUGCUUCAAGGACAUUGCUUCAACGGUUAGGCAGGGUUGAACAUUGCCUGGAGCCAAGGGCAUUCGGGACAUGAACCUGGAUCCCUGUCCACCAUCUUCAUGACUGCCAGUCAUGAGGAUACAACCGCCUGAGACAGCUGGGUGGGCGGUACAAGAAAGCAGACCGGGUACACUCUGGGCCGUCUUGACGAGGUGAUGAGUUAAGAUGAGACGAAGCUUUUCUCAUACUAUCAUAUCAUCCAGCACUGCCUGUCGACCACUUCAAUUUGACUGACUGCACCAUUAAAUCAUAAAUUCAUUAACCCUCUAUGCACCAUACCUCACCGAUAUCUGGAACUCUCACAUAUGCUAGAUAAGAUGUGGAGACAUGAGGCUUCUCUUCUAUAUAAUAGCGAAUGAAUACCAACAAACAUCUAGCGGUUACCACAGUGGCUUGGAAGAUGAUUUUGGAAGAAAGAGUGAUAGCAUAACUCAAAGCUUGAAAGGGGAAACAUGAUCACAGCUACGGGAGAUCUGGGGAAAGUUCAGGGCAUUUUGUUAAGGAGGGUAAAGGGAUGAGAUGAUGGAUGGUUUGAUGGAAUGAGGAGGACAGAAUCUUGGUCUUGGUCUUGGCUGGGGUAAAGUUGGUGGGCUGAGAGGUGAAUGGAUGAUACCUACUUAGACAACAUAAAACAAAACUUGAAAAGGAGAGACGGCAGUCCAAAAAUGAGGAAUCGAGGAGAAUAAAUUAAAAGGGGCUAUGUGUAUGAAAAAUGAAUCUCAAGAUGGUGUGUGAACUACGUUAGACAAGUAGAAGUUAUAUAUCACUUGACCACUUUGAGCUGGUCGCU